UCUUUAUUGUACUUUUUGUUUGUAUUUUUGCAUUUUGUAUAUUCCCUUUUCUUUUUUUUGUUGCAUUGUUCUUUUUCUUUUCUUCUGUUUAUUUUUGCAUCUAACUUUUUGUGUAAUUUGACGUUGCUUUUUUUCUUGCUUUUUUUCUUCCUCGUUUCUUUUUGGCUCAUUGACUCAAAGCAACAAUGAAAGAAAACAAAUUUACCAUGGGUGAAGAAGACAGUGCUACUGCUGCAAGUAGUAAAGCAGUGACCACUUCAUCACCGAAAAAUACAACUACGCAGCAACAUAAAAGACCUGUGAGGCACCAUGUUAAAAGACGAUCGAGUGGAAGAGUGCAUGUCGCUAAAUUAGCCCCCAUGGCAAGAGUAAACAGUAAUACCAAUGUUCAGCAACACAGCAAUAAUAACAAUGAUAUAGACGCCUCAAGUGAUUUCCCUUUAGCGGAAGACAGACCGGUUAUCAUGCGUCGUUCUCAAUCACAAAAGUCUUUACAUAAAAUGUCCUUUGAAAGGAAAGGCCUUGCUGCUUUAACUCCUACGCCUACGAGCAAUGGCCAUCGAAGAAAAUCAAAUGCUUCACUAGAUAAAAUCACUCUGUUGUCCGAAAUGACUCCAACUGCAUCAGCCUGGUUGACCAACGGACAUAGUAAGCCAAUCCUCUCAGCUGCUUCACCACCGACACCGACUAUGACUACUUACCCGAAAGAUCCUAUUACAAAACUUGCACCUACACAAUCCUCUAUUUCUUUGCCUAUACAGAACAAGAACUACACAAAAUUAACAACAACUUCAAACCCUGUUUUUUUAAGCAAUAGUAAAACGGUUGCUGAACCCGUAGAGCAAACAUUCAAUGCUGUAGCCGAUAAUCUGACGACAGCAGAAUCUCUAAAGCUAUCCACCACACCAACCGCUACUAUGUCAUCUUUAUUAACAUCUAAAAAGCCUAAUACAUCCCUACAAAGGGAUAGUUCGGAUAGAAAGUUGUUGAAGUCACAGUUUAUUACACACACAUCUACUCCAGAUGCGAUACCACCUGUCGAUUUCUAUAGCAAUAACAGUGAUGAUAGCUCAUUGCAUGACUCUAUUGAACGUGAAUUUGAUUGUAUUCAAAAAUACGAGGAUCCAAUGCGGUCAAGUCUUUUGAGAUGCAUGGAAAGAUUGGAUUUGAUUGACCCUAACAAUACUCAUACAAAACGUCGUUUACAAGUGGGACAUUCAAUGUCCACUUCGUUGGUGCCGACAGCAUUUUCGACAUCAUUUGCGUCAUCCACAUCCACCUCUUCUUCUUCAGACAAUUAUGAAUCUACAAAUACUGCUCACUCAGCUAUAUCUUAUAUAACACCAUCCAUUGAACCUCAUCGUGAACAAAGACGGCAAAUUGCUAUGAAUCGACAUCAGCAUCUAAAAGCAAUAGCAUCGAACAAUAGCCAUCAUAGACAACAAUACCAACAGCAGUUUAAAAGCCAUUCUUAUAAUCCAUCUUCUACAAUGAAACCCUCUUAUCAUCACCCUACUUCAAAUAAUAGCAGUGGCAGAUUAUUAGCUGCUCUCCCUCGGAAUGCAGCAAAUAUUUUGGAUAAAUGGUUCAGUAGUCAUAAUUACCAUGCGUCUGAUAAUCAUCAUUAAAUUAUUCCAUGUGCAUAUUAAACCUUUUUCUUUGAGUUGUAUAAUAAAAAAAUAAUAUUUUGGAUGCUAAUGGGGGGUAUGUUUAGCUUUAUUUAAAUAUUUCAACCGCUAUGAUUGAAUUUAAAAAUAAAAACUAAUAGCAGGUAAAGCCAUCUCGGCAGUAGUAAGCAUUGUAACAGUAGCAGUUAUAUUAAUCAUAAUAGUAAUAAUAAAAGUAAAUAGUAAUAGUAAUAGUAAUAGUAAUAGUAAUAGUAAUAGUAAUAGUAAUAGUAGUAGUAGUAG